UUUUCCUCCGCCCUCACGCCCUGCGAGUUGCCCUUCCCCGCCUGUGAAGCACUCUCAAAAUGCCUCGCCCACCACAGCCCAACGCUGCCUCCACCCUGUGCCGAUCAACAUGGGCUCUCACGUCGAAUUGCCGCUGACCCGCGAAUCCGUCAUCGCCGCGCACGAUCUCAUCAAGCCGAACAUCCACCUCACGCCGGUGCAGACCAACACUACACUGUCCAACCUCGCAUCGACACCGCAGACAGCCGAAGCGCUGAAAGGAACACCAUGGGAAGGCCAGGAGCCCGCAAGACCGAAGAUCAAGCUCUUCUUCAAAUGCGAGAAUUUCCAGCGCAUCGGCGCCUUCAAGGUGCGCGGGGCCUUCCACGCCGUGAAGCGCCUCAUCGAGCGCGAGGGCCUUGAAGAGGUGCGCCGGAAAGGCGUCGUCACGCACAGCAGCGGCAACCACGCGCAAGCGCUCGCGCUCGCUGCGAAGACGUUCGACAUUCCCGCGCACAUCGUCAUGCCCAAGAUAUCCACGCCGAGCAAGAUUGCGGGAACACAGGCGCAGGGCGCCAUCGUACACUUCAGCGGCAGCACGAGCCAGGAGCGAGAGGCCGUUGUGGCAGACGUGAUCAAGGACACGGGCGCGACGCUUGUCCCGCCGUACGAUCAUCCGCACAUUAUACUCGGGCAGGGCACCAUGGCGCUGGAGCUCACCGAGCAAGCGUCCUCGUUGAUAGCGAGCGACCCUUGGCUGAGUGUCCGAGAAGGGAAGACCGGCCUAGACGCCGUCAUCGCGCCCUGCGGCGGUGGUGGUAUGCUUGCGGGCAACGCCGUCGCGCUGCACGGCACAGGCGUCAAAGUCUUCGCCGCGGAGCCCGAAUUUGAAGGCGGCGACGACGCACGGCGCGGUGUGGCAGCCGGCGAGCGCAUCACGACGGUCAAGACGCUUACCAUUGCCGAUGGUCUGCGCACGCCGCUCGGCGAGACCAACUGGAAGAUUGUCGCCGACCCUUCGUACGUCCACUCGCUGCACUCGGUCACAGAGGACAAUAUUAGGGAUGCGAUGAGGCUGGUGCUGGAGCGGAUGAAGUGCUUUGUUGAGCCGAGUGCGGUCGUGGGGCUGGCGACGAUACUGUAUAACGAGGAUUUCAGGAGGGUCGUGGAGAAGGAGGCUGGUGAGGAAGGGUGGAAUAUUGGUGUGAUUUUCAGUGGUGGGAACACAACGAUUGAGGCCAUCACGAAGAUCUUUGCGCCUGUCGGGGAGGCGAAGGCGGUAAGGGAGCAGGGCGUGGUAGGUCAGGAUGGGAAGAGGGUCGCCGAGAACGUUGCUGGGUAGAGAUACACAUUGAUGCUUGUUGUUAUAGACUUGCAUCCACUUCAAUAGAAUAUCGUAUGCCG